AUGCCGGCAGCCCAUGAGACUGAAUCUCCACCGAUUCAGACCCUGGGUCAGCGGAAGCGCCAGCAGAACGAAAAGGUUGAUCAAAAAUGGAAGACACUUCCAGAAGAUAUGUCAGCUGGGAGUGAGAUCCCUAUGGGCUCUAAGUGUCACGGAGCAGAACCAGUUCCAAGGAAGAGCAUUUGGCAACGCGCACGUGAGAUAUUUCUCAAGUAUAUGAAGUUCGUGGGGCCGGGCCUAAUGAUAUCUGUCGCUUACAUGGAUCCUGGUAACUACGCUACGGAUGUGAGUGCUGGCGCAUCACAUAAGUUUGCCCUGUUGUGCAUUGUAUUAUACUCCGGCCUGAUAGCUAUCUUUUUGCAGAGCCUCUGUAUUAAGCUGGGGACUGUGACUGGCCUUGAUCUGUCGCGUGCAUGCAGAGAGUAUUUUCCCCGGUGGCUUAACAUUACUCUCUACGUCCUGUCCGAAGCGGCUAUCAUUGCUACAGAUAUUGCCGAAGUCAUUGGUGGUGCAAUUGCAUUGAAUAUCCUGCUGAAAAUCCCACUACCUGCGGGAGCCGUCAUCACAUGCACAGACGUCCUUUUGGUGCUUUUGGCAUACACCCCGGGAACUUCGUCCAUGCGCCUGGUAAGGGUUUUCGAGCUUGGGGUAGCGACAUUGGUUUUAGGAGUAACAGUUUGUCUUUGCAUCGACCUAGCGUAUAUUCCUUCAACUACUUCGGUCGCCAAAAUAUUUAGAGGGUUUAUCCCCUCUCGAGAGAUAUUCCAGAAUAAUGGCAUGUACGCUGCAGUCGGUAUCCUGGGCGCCACUGUCAUGCCGCACUCACUCUUUCUUGGUUCUGGUAUUGUCCAGCCAAGAUUGCUUGAAUACGAUGUUCAGCACGGACAUUAUAGUAUGGAUAUCGACAGUGACGAUGAUAGCAGUUUGGAAAACAAGACUAGUCGACAAACAAAGGAAUCUCGAUUUCUAGACUACAGGCCAUCGAUAUAUGCUAUUCGCUAUGCUAUGAAGUACUCAAUUAUAGAAGUUUCAGUUGCACUACUAACAUUCGCGCUUUUCAUCAAUUGUGCAAUCCUUAUUGUGUCGGGUAGCGCACUGUAUGAUACCCCGGAAGCCAUCGAUGCGGAUCUAUACACGAUACACCACCUAUUAUCCAACACUUUGGCACCAGCGGCAGGUACCAUAUUCAUGCUCGCACUCUUAUUCUCGGGCCAAUCGGCAGGAAUUGUCUGUACCAUAGCUGGACAAAUAGUAUGCGAAGGCCAUAUACGCUGGACUAUAACCCCAUGGAAACGGAGAAUUCUGACACGAGCCAUUGCAUUGAUUCCAACAUUAGCUGUAUCCACUGCUCUAGGUAAAAACGGCUUAUCGCAGGCCCUGAACGCUUCUCAGGUUGCUCUUUCCGUACUAUUACCAUUUUUGACAGCGCCAUUAAUAUACUUUACUUGCAGCAAAAGAAUCAUGUCUGUGAAAGUCAGUAAGCCUAUGCCGGACGGCGUUCCUGCUGACGAAGAAGAACAAACGCCAGAGUACGUCGAUAUGUCAAACGGGUGGAUCACGUCUCUUGCGGCGAUCUUCAUAUGGAUAUUCAUUUCUUUCCUAAACAUUUACGCUAUAGUUCAGCUAGGACUAACAAGCAGACAAACAUAG